AUGGUCGAUGCUCGGCAUGGGGGAGGCGAAGUCCCAUCUACCAAGGUUGACAGUCCACCCAACGCUGACGCGGCGCGAACUGGAGAUUCCAACCUCGACACUACUCCCGCUCCCAACGCGCCAGAUGAUAUGGCGUCGUCAAAAGCGCCCAGCAAGGCCUCCUCCACCAGGGCAUCGACACCUGCAGCUGCAGCGCUGGAGGACGGCCAAACCUUGCAAACGGCCAAUGGCUCGCCGGCUCCCACCGAGCAGGCACUGCAGUCGCAGCCCAUGAGUGCUACCGUUUCAAGUUCAUCAGAUGCCCCUACAAAGGAGCCCAAGGAAGCCGCUGCUGCACCUUAUGGCACGCGAUCGCGCAACCGUCCGGAGCGCAAGUCGCGGGUCAACUACGCGGAAGAUGUCGAGAUGGACUUUGAACUGGCGCCUGAUCCAACCCACGGAAACGGUUCUGAACCGUCAUCGCGUGGCUCUGCUGCCACAGAGAGCGGGCAGUCGGCCGGUGCAGGUGGAAAGAAGGGUGCCGGCGCAGGCCAGGGCAAUGCGUCGUGGGGCGCUUCCGGACCCAACGCCAAAGACAUUCCGUCGAACGCCAACACGCCCGGAACAUCAACUUUCACUGCCAGCCCGGCGGCCACGCCUGCACCCCAGCCGCAACCAAAGCGACGCAAAAAUGCGGCAAGUCACGCUACGAACCCAAGUCACGCAAAUGGAGCCACGCCAAGCCAGCCAGGCGCGAGGCGCGCGCAGAACGCGGUCGCGGCCGGCAGCAGCCCGCGGGAGACUAACAUGCUGACCUUUGAGAACUCGGGCGCACGGCUCAAGGACGGCUGCCUCGUUGCGGACGACGGCCAAAGUAUUGCAAUCAAUGACCAGGUCUAUCUCGUGUGCGAACCCCCUGGGGAGCCUUACUACUUGUGCCGGGUCAUGGAAUUCAUCCACACCAACAACGACCCAUUGCAGAAGGUCGAAAUGCUCCGUGUGAAUUGGUUCUAUCGCCCUCGAGAUGUGCAGCGAUACAACAAUGACACGCGCUUGGUCUACGCGACGAUGCAUUCAGAUCUGUGUCCAUUGACCUCGCUCCGAGGGAAGUGUCAGAUCCUGCAUCGGAGCGAGAUCGACGACCUCGACGACUACCGGAAGACGAAAGAUAGCUUCUGGUUCAACCAAGUCUUCGAUCGUUUCAUCCAUCGGUGGUACGAUGUGAUUCCUACCUCGCAGGUCAUCAAUGUUCCAGACAAGGUCAAGAAGGCCUUGGAUGAGCGCUGGAAGUACAUUUGUCUUGAGACCAGUCGCGUGAAGGAAUUGACAAGCGCCGUAAAAUCAUGCAAGCGCUGUGUUGGGUUCUGUGCAACCAAUGACUCCGUGGAAUGCGCCGUCUGUCGCAACACAUACCACAUGAAUUGUGUUCGACCACCUCUGCUCAAGAAGCCCUCGCGCGGAUUUGCAUGGGCAUGUGGUCCCUGCAGCAGAGCCCAAGAAAAGAAACUCGAAGCCAGGCGAACUCCGCUGCUAGGUUCUGGAGGUGACGAAGGCGAAGAUGAGGAGAUGGUUGAAGACGAAGAAGAGGAGGCAAACGUGGAGACCACCGCUCCCAGUCCCAACGACUCCGAGACGCAGAUCGACCUGCAUCCCGGCACGCAAGCCGAGAUCGCACUAGCUAAAAUGUGGCCCAUGCGCUAUUUGGGUAUCCACUGUCGAGUCGAAGAUGCGCUGCAGUACGAUGACCGAGCCAUAUAUCCACGGGCUAGCUCCCGGCUAGGGCCCCGCCACCAAGCAAAUGUGAAUGUUUGGCAUGGGCGACCGGUGGAGCUGGUGAAACCUGCUGAGAUCAAGAAGCGCUACGUCAAGGCUGCUGGGCACAAAAAGGACACCAAACUGUCAAAGGAGACCGUCGCAGCCAUCGAAGCGGAUAAGGCUGAGAAAGCAAAGCGACCGAAAUGGGUGAUGGACGAGCCGCCCGGAUAUGUUCGACGGGGCGACGACUACCCCAACAAGGAUUCUAAAUGCACCGCAGAACUCAUUUUCAAAAUGCCACCUCUAGGUGUACAUUCUACAAGGGGCGAAGACAACUCACCUAGCAUCACCCCUGAACAAGUUGAGACUUACAUGACACGUGCGAAGGGUUUCGCCAAAAGUCAUGUCGGCGUUGAGCCGUUCAACACGAAUUUCCUCACGAAGUGUCUCGCUUUGCUUACCAAGCAUCAAUACGACGUCGAAGUAGCGUUGAAGGCUGUCAAGAAGCUCGAUAAGCGGAAAGACCUCAAGGAACCAGAGUUGACUAAAGAGGAAGAGAAGAAGUGGAACGAAGGUGUCAGCAAAUACGGUUCGGAGAUACGAAACGUUCGUCUACACACGAGCAAGACGAUGCACUAUGGAGACGCUGUGCGGUACUACUAUAUGUGGAAGAAGACGUCAAAGGGCAAAGAGAUCUGGGGAUCGUAUAGCAAUCGGAAGGGCAAAAGCAAGAAGACUGAGGGCGAUCCGCAAAGCAGGCUUGUCGACGACGUCGCUGACGACCAGGAUGACUCGGCCUUCGAUCACGAGAAAGCUAUACUACGCAAGCGCAAUUUCCAGUGCAAAUUCUGCAACAAUCGACAUUCGCGGCAGUGGCGGCGAGCACCGGGUGCUUCGCCUGGGCAAACAGUAACCGCUGAUGGCAGGACUAGCAAAGACAAAGCAAAUGGCUACGUUGUCGCGUUGUGUCAACGAUGUGCAAACCUCUGGCGGAAGUACGCAGUUAAAUGGGAGAACACGGAAGAAAUCGCGCGAAAGGUUGCUCAGGGAGGAGGUAAGGCCUGGAAACGACGAUUCGACGAAGAGCUCCUGCGCGAGGUUUACGCAGCAACAACGGACCCUGGUCCGAUCAACGGCAUGCCGGAAUACGUCGAGCCUCCAGCUGCUACCGUGCAAGCGACGAUUGAGCAGCCGCCGAAGAAAAAACAGAAGACUGUUGCCAUUGGAGCUGCUGACAGUGGCACGUCCACUCCGUUAUCCGAAGCGACUUCCAAGAAGAAGGAGAAACCUAUUGCGCCGCCAAAAGCUCCAACACCUCCUCCAGUCCCAGCGCAACCACGACUUAGGGUGUUACCAUGCGCUGUCUGUCGACAAACCGAAGGUAUGCGGCUGGAGUGCGCGGCUUGUCGAAUGAAUGUUCACAAGUCGUGCUAUGGCAUCGAAGACGUCCGACAGGCCAACAAAUGGUACUGUGAUACGUGCAAAAACGACAAGAAAGAAAGUGUAUCAUAUAACUAUGAGUGCGUACUGUGUCCUCUGCGUACCACUGAGCCAGACCUAUACGAGCCUCCCAAGGUUUCCCACAAGAAAAAGACCGAUAGGGAGCGGGAAAAGGAACGAUUAGAAAAAGAACUCGUAGAAAAGGCCAAGGACGAGUAUCGUAUCAAACAGCAAGAGAAAGGCAGGCCUGUGGUACCUCGGGAGCCGCUCAAACGCACUGCCGACAACAAUUGGGUGCACGUCUACUGCGCUCUAUGGCACCCCGAAACGAAAUUCAGCAGCGCAGUCCGGCUGGAUAUGGUCGAGGGUAUUGGUGCACCCACGUUGCGGUACGAUGCGAUGUGCAAGCUAUGCAAGAGCAACGACGGUGCUUGUGUCACAUGCCAGCAAUGCCAUGCCAAUUUCCACGUUGGAUGCGCGCACAACGCGGGCUACACUUUUGGAUUCGAUAUGACCCCUGUCAAAGCCACGCGACGAGAUGCUGUUCCGACAGUUACACUCAAUGGGGAGACUGGUACAAUGAUGGCCGCAAUCUGGUGCAAGGACCAUACGCCGAAGACCGUGGUCCAUCCGAUGCACGAAGAAGUAGAGGGUACCGACUUGACCGCUCUCCAGCUGUUUGCUCGAGAGUUUAAACAGGCUGAUCUCACUCUCACGGGCACUGCGCGCAAAGCUAACCUUGUCGAUCAAUCCACACGAAUAGUCCCGCCAACGCCUGCUCCAGCGCAGGGCAACCGUCGCACAUCCACGGUUACGGGACAAGCCCCGGUUUCUGCACGAGGGCGUCCAUCGAACGCGGGACUCGUCAUGAAAGAAGAAGAACCUCCAGAACCGACCAUGGCCAAACCCGAGCGUAAAUGCAUACGAUGCAAGAUUGACGCCAGCCCUCGUUGGUGGAAAGUAGAAGAAAAUGUUCACCCUGAACAGAAUGGCAUUCACGCCGUGGACGGCCCACUGGCGACAAACGGUGUUGAGUCCAGCUCUCGCCCAUUGGCGGAUCAUACACAACAUCCAGAUCACCUACAAGCUACCAACGGCGCUGUCGAUCACCCUAUGAUGGAUGCGCCACCUAUCGCUUCCCACGACCACCCGACUCGCCUUCGAGUACAUACUAAUGUUGGUAACACGUCGUCUACCUCAUAUCUUUGCCAAAAGUGCCAUUGGAAGAAGCUGAAUGCGCCCGAAGAGCCUGAAGAACGAGAGCGGUCGGUGUCUGUGCAUCCGGAAGCCGCACAACUCCCGCUGCGAUCCCCUCCAGUUCAACCGUUUGUGGCUCCGCCUCCACCGCCCGCACUUGGAGGGCCUUGGGUGCCGCCACCGCAACAACCUCCAAUAUCUCAUUGGCAUAACGGUGGACCUCCUGGGCCUCCACCAGCUCAUAGCUUGCACAAUGGAAUCGGCCAUCCGCCACCGGUAUCUAUAGGACAUGUUCCUCCUUUCCAUGCGCCGUAUAAUCCAGUGCACCAAACGAACGGCUAUCCAGCGUACUCCGCACCUCCUGUUCACUCUCAUAUUCCUCCUGCGCCUCUUCGAGGCCCAUACGCACCACCCCAUCACCACAACGGACCACCGCCCUUGCAUCUCACCAAUGGCGGCAUGAUGGUUAAUGGGAUGCAUUCACCUCGAGUGCCCUACUCACCGACCCACGCACACGGUCAUAACUCUUCUCGCUCUACUGAGAGCCCUUACAAUGCGCCGCCGCAGUUGCCGUAUCCUCCAAUCCACCACGGCAGCCCUGCAUCCGCUGGAGCACCAACUCCAAGGGAUGCACCUAUGCGGGACGCCCCGGCGGUAACGGCACCGCCGCCGCAACCACCACCACCGCUGGAGCGUGUCAAUACAGGAGCUAGCGCUAGCCCUUCCUUGCGCAAUCUCUUGCACUAG